AUGUUCAAACCCGGGAAGGCCAGACAAGCAACAGCGCUUUUCCAUGUCCACAAUCGAGAGGACAAGGGAACGAUCAGCUGCCUGUUCAUCCAUAGAAACACAACAGCCGCUGCAUGCGAAAUGAAAAUCCUGUGCAGGGCGGCCCUCGGUGAGCCUCAAAGCUUGAACUUCUUUGGAGAGAGCAUGCUCCAAGGGUUACUAGCCCACCUUGGUCCCUCCUCCAUCCAGACCCCGGCUUACCCUGUCGGAACGGAUCACGCAACCUGA